AUGGUUCUUUUAUGGGAUGCUCUGUAUAAGAGGAGCAAUUCAAAACAUUCACGUGCUUCAUGCUGGCUUCCUGUACUGGUUUUACAGAGCUGCAGCUGCUAUUUUUCUACCAGCAAUCAGCUGAACACCAAGUUCUAUACUGACCCAGUAGAAGCAGUAAAAGACAUACCUGAUGGGGCCACACUACUUGUUGGUGGUUUUGGGCUGUGUGGUAUUCCAGAGAACCUUAUUGGGGGCUUAUUGAAGACUGGAGUCAAAGGACUAACUGCAGUCAGUAAUAAUGCAGGUGUUGACAAUUUUGGACUUGGUCUUUUACUUCAAAGUAAGCAGAUAAAACGCAUGAUAUCUUCAUAUGUUGGAGAGAACGCAGAGUUUGAACGGCAGUAUUUAUCUGGAGAACUGGAAGUUGAGCUUACACCUCAGGGCACCCUGGCAGAGCGAAUCCGUGCAGGAGGGGCAGGAAUUCCAGCGUUUUACACAAGUACGGGGUAUGGGACACUGGUGCAGGAAGGAGGAGCACCUAUCAAAUACAACGCAGAUGGCACUGUUGCCAUUGCCAGUCAUCCAAGAGAGGUGAGAGAAUUUGAUGGCCGUCAUUAUAUUAUGGAGAAGUCAAUUACAGGUGAUUUUGCACUUGUAAAGGCGUGGAAGGCUGAUCGUGCAGGAAACAUCAUCUUCAGGAAGACUGCAAGAAACUUCAACCAACCAAUGUGCAAAGCUGCCAGAAAAACUGUGGUAGAGGUGGAAGAAAUUGUUGAUAUAGGAUCAUUUGCCCCAGAAGACAUUCAUAUCCCCAAGAUCUAUGUUGACCGCCUCAUAAAGGGAGAUGGAUUUGAAAAGAGAAUUGAAAGAUUAUCAACCCGAAAGCCUGAAGAUACAAAAAGCAAACAAAAGAAGGGAGGAGAUAACGUAAGAGAGAGGAUCAUCAGGCGAGCCGCCUUAGAGUUUGAGGAUGGCAUGUAUGCUAAUCUGGGCAUAGGAAUUCCUUUGUUGGCCAGCAACUUCAUCAGUCCAGAUAUAACUGUUCACCUGCAGAGUGAAAAUGGAGUCCUGGGUUUGGGUCCUUAUCCUUUAGAACAUGAGGUAGAUCCUGACCUGAUUAAUGCAGGUAAAGAGACAGUGACUGUUCUUCCAGGUGCCUCCUAUUUCUCUAGUGAUGAAUCAUUUGCAAUGAUUAGAGGAGGCCAUAUUGAUUUGACAAUGCUUGGAGCAAUGCAAGUUUCCAAGUAUGGUGAUCUAGCCAACUGGAUGAUUCCUGGUAAGAUGGUGAAAGGAAUGGGUGGCGCCAUGGACUUAGUAUCGAGUUCACAAACCAAAGUGGUCGUGACCAUGGAACACUCGGCCAAGGGCAACGUCCACAAGAUUUUGGAAAAAUGCAAUUUGCCACUUACUGGGAAACAAUGUGUGAACCGUGUAAUUACAGAGAAGGCUGUGUUUGAUGUGGACAAGAAAAAGGGACUGACCCUGAUUGAAAUCUGGGAAGGAUUGUCCGUGGAUGACAUCAAGAAAAGCACUGGCUGUGACUUUGCUGUUUCAUCAAAUCUCAUACCAAUGAAACAGAUUUCAGCUGAAUCAUAGCCUGGGCUUGACUUUCCAGAGACCCUGUUUCCAAAUGGGAGUUUGAUUGAAAGGAAAUCAACGUCUGUUUUGCAAUUAUAGUUUUUUUUAAAAGGGCUUUGUAAGUAGUUUCUAUGUAGUCACACCCCAGCCAUGAAUAGCUGUGUAAAUGGCAUUUUUAUGCACAUAACAUUACUAAUUUUGUUUAAAAGGGUGAAUUGAAUGCCUAAAUAUUUAAUAACAACAUUGUACAAUUUGAUUGUUAAUAAGCAUUAGCUCAAAAUGCCUUGUAGAAGUGAUCAUACUGCCAGAUGUUACAAUGUAAAACAAGUAUGGCACUACCUGUGUGCACUGAUGAUCAUGCAAACUUGUAACUGCCUGUGCUAAAGUCACAUAAGCAAGUCAAUCAUUUGGAGUGGAAAUAUUGUAAUUAUCGUGGUGAUUCUGACUCAUGGUGAGGGAUUUGUUGGCUUUCAUUGGGGAAUGAUUGUUGUGUUUAUAGUGAACUGCAAAGGUUCAUCUGGCAUAGGGACUUCUAUUUCCAUUUGUGGAAAACUUGGGGCCUUUUAAAUACAAGUCAGUGGCAAACUCCCACUGAGAAUAGUGGGAGCAAUUGGGCCUUCAGUUCUGAAUGUAUCUACAGGUCCUGUGGUGUUUAUGUACCAUUACUAACAAGGCUAAGGUACACCUUCCAGAGUGUGACCCUGCUGUAUGCAGUUGGUGAAACUCAUAAAUGUACAAUCCAGAAAGAGGCUAAUUUGAAUGGAAAAUAAGUCUCGUUCUUUAGACAAGUGAUAACCCUAAAGUUUCCUUACAGAAACCACUCAGUCUUUCCCAAUAACACUUCUCAUCCAAGCCAUCAUUAGAAAGGAGCUAAAUGAGGCUGCAGUAGGACAUAGGCUUAUGCCUAUGAGGUCACAGAAAGAAGGGUGGGUGGGGAGGAAAGGCAAAAGCCAAGUUUUGACAUGAAGUGUUUAGGGAAGAGUCAGGGAUAUGAGUCCUUUCCCUAAACUGUUCAAGCUUCCUGUAAGAAAAGAGUUAAAAACAACAAGUUCUUGGCCCUUGCUGAUUCAGGGAGCAGAAAAAUAUUUGGGACCCAAACUCCUAAUAACUAAAAUGAACAUGCAACAGCUACAGGACAAUCAAAAUAACCUUGCACCUUCCUGUUUGACAAGGUUCUUCUUUUUCCAUUAAAUUUACAGAGAACAGCUAUUUUGUUACUAAGCAGUAUAACUAUGAUAGCAUGGGAUGCGAUUUACAAGUUAUUAGA